AUGAUGAUAAACGCUAGGUCUGCGCUGUCCAGUUCGACAGCCGUUAGCCAGGCGUGGCCGUCUGAGUUGAGAAACGUUGUAAAUAUAAAAUAUACACUGGACUUCGAGGACUUAGUGCCAAAAAAAGUAGGCUAAAAACAGGAAAAGAACAUGGAGGCAGAUAUAAUUGCAGAUCUUCGAUCCAAGCUCAAAGAGGUUGAAGAAGAGCGACUAAAAGCUGCGCAGUAUGGUUUACAACUAGUGGAGAGCCAAAAUGAACUGCAGAAUCAAUUGGAUAAGUGUCGUAAUGAAAUGAUGACCAUGACUGAGAAUUAUGAACAAGAAAAAUACACUCUUCAGAGAGAAGUUGAGCUCAAGAGUCGAAUGUUAGAAAGUUUGACUUCUGAAUGUGAAGCUGUUAAACAACAACAAAAAAUGCAUUUGGAGAAACUAGAAGAACAACUGAGCAGACGCCAUGGACAGGAAGUGAAUGAGCUAAAAGAUAAGUUGGAAAAAAUGAAAGCUGAACUAGAUGAAGCUAGGCUCAACGAAAAGCAGCUGAAGCACAAGGUAGAGCUUCAGAAGGAACUCCUCUCUUGUAAAUCAGAGGAAAUGCGGAUAAUGUCUGAACGUGUACAUGAAAGCAUGUCUUCAGAGAUGUUAGGUCUUCAAAUUGAGUUGACUGAAAUGGAAAAUAUGAAGACUGCUCUCAAAGAACAAGUGAAUGAACUACAGUACAGACAAGAACAACUAGAACUUCUUAGUAAUAACUUACUGCGCCAGGUAGACCGACUUAAAGAAGAAAAACAGGAGCGAGAGAAAGAAGCACUGUCUUACUGCAAUGCCUUAGAGAAAGCUCGUGCAGCAAAUCAAGAUCUUCAAGUGCAAUUGGACCAGGCACUCCAGCAAGCCCUAGACCCCAGUAGUAAAGGCAACUCUUUGUUUGCAGAGGUGGAAGAUCGAAGGGCAGCAAUGGAACGCCAGCUUAUCAGUAUGAAAGUGAAGUAUCAGUCCCUAAAGAAACAAAAUGCAUUUAAUAGAGAACAGAUGCAAAGAAUGAAGUUACAAAUAGCCACGUUGCUACAAAUGAAAGGGUCUCAAACUGAAUUUGAGCAGCAGGAACGGUUGUUUGCCAUGUUGGAGCAGAAGAAUGGUGAAAUAAAACAUCUUUUAGGUGAAAUUAGAAAUCUGGAGAAAUUUAAGAGUUUAUAUGAAAGUAUGGAAUCUAAGCCUUCAGCCAACUCUGGUGUCCUGGAAGAUAACACCUACUAUACCGAUUUACUACAGAUAAAGCUUGACAACUUAAACAAAGAAAAUGAAAGCACUAAAGGUGAACUAUCCUUACAACGAAUGAAAGCGUUAUUUGAGAGCCAGCGGGCUCUAGAUAUUGAGCGAAAACUUUUUGCAAAUGAAAGAUUCUUGCAGCUUUCCCAAAGUGAAAAUAUGAAACUGAGAGCUAAACUAGAUGAAUUAAGACUGAAGUAUGAACCUGAAGAGAAAGUUGAAGUGCCUGUACUGAAAAAGAGACGUGAAGUACUGCCUGUGGAUGUAACCACCCCUAAAGAUGUAUGUGCCAACAGUGCUGUCGAAGAAGUUUAUAGAUUACCAGCUCAGGAAGAGGAGCCACAGUCCUGUCCUAACAAUACAAAAGACAACUUAGAGUUAGAAAAGACAGUUCCUGUAAACACACCAGUAGUCAGUCUCUCUCCGCACAGAAAUCUGCCACUGAAUAUGCAACCAACGAAGGAAAAGAAACGUGUGAAACUCAUAGGAGUUGCAGUUGAUUCUGAAGCUUUAAAUGAAAGAAGUGGAAACACCCUGAACUCUCCCAGGUUAACUGCUGAAUCAAGGCUUCAAACAGAAGUUAAAGAAGGGAAAGAAACUGCAAGCAAAUUGGAAAAGGAAACUUGUAAGAAAUCACACCCUAUUCUAUACGUGUCCUCCAAAUCAACUCCAGAGACCCAGUGCCCUCAGCAGUAAAGACUUUUCUUUUAUAAGAGUAAGAUACCAUUUGCCCAAAAGGUUGCUGUGGAGUUUAGUUAAGAUUGUCUUUAUCAGAAGUAUACCAGCCUGUGGGUUAUUUAUAUCCACUCAUUGUGCCAGGACCUUGCAUAUUCAUGCUUCUUUGACCAAGUGCUCCAAAUUUGGUUGAUUCUAACAUGGAGAGUUCCUUAAGUGAUGAUCUUUCAUGGAGCUUCUGUGAAUCACAGUGAGUAAACUAUUAACUGAAGGAAAUGUUAUAAUUAAUAUAGAUCUUUUUGCUACAUUGUAUGUGGAUUAUUUUUGAGUGAUGUGAACAGCCAAUAACUUACAGAACAGUGAAAUCAUUAACUAUUAUAUUUUCCUAUGUAUUUUUUUAUGAGCUUAGUUUUUCAGUGUGCUGUAAAAAUAGGAAAUUUGAUUUUAAAAUAUUUAUUAUAUUGUUAAAGGAUUUCAUCAGUGUUUAAAGAACCUGUGCUAAUCUUUGUAUUCAUAUACACAAUUUAAAAUUUAUGUCUCAAGCAUAUGAAACAAGCAGUUUUGAAACUGAAAAUAAAACUGCAACAAUUUCUCCCCUUUCUUUUUUCUGACUGUAUAUAGAAAGCAACAUGUUAUCAAAAGGGAAUAAACUAGGAAAAGCAGAAACUUCAGGGAUUUUUAAUUCCCUGAUACAUAUUAAAUUCUAAAAUUUCCAAAUAAAGACUUUUUCCCUUUAAAUGAUUAUAGUCUUGUCUAUAAUGUAAUUUCAUAGGUACGUGUGUAUAUAUGUAUAUGUAUAUAUUUUAUAUAGGUGGGAUCUAUUCUAAUUAGACAAAUCUGUUGAAAUACAUGAGGUUGAAGGAAAUUGCCUCUAACUGCUAAAUAAACCAAAUGUUAAACUUUUUAUCUUGUUUUAAUCUGCUACAAAAAGCAUACUCUAAGGAAAUUAGAAUUUUCAUAUUACAUAAUAUCUCUUGCAAAAAGAAGGAGCAGA